AUGUACGGCCGUCUAACCCGAGAUCUCUAUCCCCAAGAUGAGAACUACAACCCGCUGACGUUGAUCAUAUUGUUGGUGGGGCUGAAUGCCAUAUGGAUCAUGAUCUCCGGGCUCGCCUUUUUGUACCUGGGUUUGAGUCGACGGAAGCUGGCGUUAUCCUUGAUCUGGAUCGUCAUAGUCCUGUCGUUCAUUGGUAUUUUCCAAUGGUAUUUCUGGGGCUACUCCCUCGGUUUUUCGGAAACGGCACACAACGGUUUUAUCGGCAACCUUCACAACUUUGGCUUCCAGAACCUCCUUGAAGGCGCCGAUUACCCGAAGAUGGCGUAUGCCUUGUUUCAAAUGCAAUUCAUGUUGAUUACCCUAGCCAUUCUUGCCGGUGGCUGUGUUGCUGAGCGCGGGCGGUUUUUACCAGCAAUGGUAUUUCUUUUUUGCUGGGCCACCAUCGUCUAUUGCCCCGUCGUGUACUGGAUCUGGGGCGGUGGUUGGGCGGCCACGUGGAAGCUGGGGGUUUUAGAUUACGCCGGCGGCGGGCCGGUGGAGAUUCUCUCUGGGGUGUCGGCGUUCGUUUACUCAGCGUUCCUCGGGCGGCGCAACAAGACAUUGAUGGUGCUGUAUCGUGCCCAUAACAUCACCAACGUGUUUUUGGGCACGGUGUUGCUUUACUUCGGUUGGUUAUUUUUCAACGGUUUGUCGUGUGCCAACGCCUCGCUUAAAGCGAUCUACUCUACGAUGAACACGCACUUGUGUGCCGCGUUUGGUGCCGCCACCUGGUUGUUGUUGGAUUUCCGGCUCGAACAAAAGUGGCUGAUGGUUGCGGCGUGUUCCGGGUGUAUUUCGGGGUUGGUCGCCGCCACGCCGUCUUCCGGGGUGAUCCCGUUGUGGGCGCUGGUGAUUUUGGGGGUGGUCGCGGGUACCGUGUGUAACUUUUCCACCAAAAUCAAGUACCUCUUGCACGUGGACGACUCUCUUGAUGUGUUAGCAGAACACGGCAUCGCUGGCGUUGUCGGGUUGAUUUUCAAUGCCCUUUUCGGCAGUGCCGACGUUAUCGGGUACGACAACGUCACCGUCCACGAAGGAGGAUGGUUAGACCACAACUACAAGCAAUUGUACAUUCAGAUUGCUUACAUCUUAGCCUGUACUGGUUACCUGGCAGUGGUCACCGCCAUCCUUUGCUUUGUCAUCAAUAACAUCCCCGGGCUCCAUCUCCGCGUCGACUACGACGCCGAAGAGGCGGGUUUGGACGAAGACCAGAUCGGCGAGUUUGCCUACGAUUACAUCGAAGUGCGCCGAGACUUUUUGGCGUGGGGCAACCCCGGCCAGACUACUGGGACCCACUCGGAACACCACCUGGAGCUCCACUACACCACCCUGCAUCACAGCCAUCCCCAAGCGUCCCACAUGGUGGAGAUUCCCCUUAACGACGGUACCACCGACGAGAGCAAGCCCCACCUGAGUCUGAUAUACGAACACCGCCUCGACUCGCUGGCGCUGUCGGCGGCACCACCGCCGGAAGACCUUGUGGUUCGGAACCACCUGGGGGUUACUGGGGAGAAACAAGGUUAG